CGUUCUCUCCUCCUUUUAAAUUCGUAGAGAUCCUCUGUUUUUCACUGUACUCUGUUUUAGAACGAGCAGAGAAGAUCUUGCCGAUAGCAAAGGGGUUCAAUUGCAGGCUCUUUCCCUCACUUUCUCUCCAGUCAAAUCCCUUUCCCCGCCCGCCGCCGCGGCCGCCACCAUCUUCAUGUCGUCGUCCUCGGCUCAGAUCAUCGAGCACGUCGUCCUCUUCAAGGUCAAGGACAGCACCGACCCCGCCCUGGUCAACGCCAUGGUCGACGGCCUCAACGCCCUCAUCUCCCUCGACUCCGUCCUCCAUAUCGCCGCCAGCCCCGUCCUCCGUACCCCCGGAUCCUCGUCCUCCCCCUCGACUUUCACCAUCAUCCUCCACGGUCGCUACCGGACCAACGACGACUUGGCCGCCUACUCUCACCACCCGGACCACGUGCGCGUGGUCAAGGAGCUCGGUUCGCCCAUCCGCGAAGACAUCAUGGCCGCCGACUGGGUGACCGACCGCGUCCCCGAAGGCGCCGUCGCGCCGCCCCCAGGGUCCGUCGUCAAGGUGAGCCUCCUCAAACUGAAGGAGGGAGCGGGGGAUGAGGCCAAGGGCGAGGUGCUAUCCGCAGUGGCCGAGGGGAUUAGGGACGGGCUGGGUGGGAUCGAGCAGGCGACGUGGGGCGAGAACUUCUCCCCUUUGCGCUCCAAGGGGUUCUCGAUCGGGUCGCUCGUGGUGUUCAAGGGCGUGGAGGAGAUGGAGGCUGCGGCGGCGGCGGCUGCAGCUGCUGCCGCGACGGCAGGUCCACGGCAGGAGGAGGUCGGGAAGCAUGUGGACGGCAUGAUCUCGGUGGAGUACGUGGUGCCGCAUCCGAAGCUGGCGAGUGUGAGUAUCUGAUGGGAACGUCGUGUGUUUGUGUCGUAUGUUUGUAUCGCUUCUUGCUCGGCCUUUUUCUGACUUCGAGGGUAGACUACUUGUGUAAGCUGCGUGUUUGUUGUAUGAAUAUCAACCAAAACGUUGUUGUUUCGUCUUGUUGUUUGAAUUUCCCGUGGCAUAUGGAAUAAGAUGAAUUGAGAUCUAAUGCA